UAACUGACUCUACCUGGGGCCACAAUCAUGAACGUUAUUUCUCGUCCUCAUCGUGAUCGUCCUUUUGACAACAUCAUAGCGACUCUGGUGUGCACUUCCACUUUCACAUCAAUGCUUCUUCAAUACUCCGGUGUCGCAGGACCUCUUCCACUUUUUACCCACUAGUAACUGUAGGCAUACGCAUAUACUACGGCAACAGCAAGAUGAACCAAUUGUAUUCUGUGCGCCGCAUUUUCGUGUAGUUACUCAAGAAAGCGAGAACUUUGACUUUCAUCUAAAUUGAAAUACCCUAUUUCAUCUGGUACAUUAGCGGCCACAGCACAUAAUAUAUUCACCCCGCCUAGAGCCAUUCUCGAUUGUCGAGAAGUAGUAACCUUACAUGUGGUAGACGUAAAAAACCCCAAAACUUACGUUGCUUCACACUACCAGCACAUCAAACCAUGUCCGCGAAUUCAUCUAAAGGCAAGGACCAAUACGUCUACUUCGAGUUCUCCGCACUUGGCGGCCGCGCGACCCGGCAUCUGCAAGAGCAACACGAACUCGAUAGCCAUGGAAACAAUAGCACGGGAGAAAGCAACAAGAAGAAGGACCAAAAGCAGAAUCUCAAAAUGUUCCUCGUUUUAAAACUAAACCACGACCUCCGGGAUUUCGACGGGGAUUACUUGGUAACCAGCACAAACCCCUGUCUCCAGGGGGUUCGCCACGCCUCCUGCUGGCGCGAUGAGCAACACAGAGGGUUUGACGCAACUUUACAUGAGAUGUGCAUCGCGCGGAACCGGUUGUUGUCUGCUGGAGCUGAAGCGGAAGACGAUUUGAUGCUUUUGACCCAACAAGCUCUGAUGAACAGGAGGAUGCGGGAGAAGAUGCUCGGGUUUGGUGAAGCAGGCCAAAAUUCAAAUGGUGCUGGCCACGCAGGGGAAGCUACCGAUGGCACAAUGAUCCGGCGAACCGCGUCCGUUGCAGCCCUCAACGAGCCGGAAGACCAAUUACUCGACAACGGCCGGUAUCAGCCCGAAAUGGAGCUGGUCGCGCAAAUGCGGCAAACGAGUAAGGACGAGGAUAAGAAGCAGAUGGAUCGCCAUCGCGAAGCGCAAAACCGGCAGACCAGGAAGAAUUUGGAUAGCGUGAUUUUCCGGGAUAAGUUCGGAAAAAUCGUGGAUCGGUCGAAACCGAGGUUUAACUCCCCCGUGCCUUUAACCGCACCGAAAUUGACGCCCAGAGGAGGAGGGGGAGGUGCACAUAUCAAAUGCAAAAAUGUCUGGGUCUGGACGAUUCUAAACUUGUAAUGCUGUCUCUGGAUUCUAAAAAAAUUUGUAUUGCAUGACCAGGAAAAGGACUCCAGUUUGUGCUACGUGGAGAGGGCAUUUCUCAUGCGGUAGAGGCGUCACAAAGUCCUCUAAAAAUCUGUGACGCUAGGGCAUGCAUCACAGACAUCAUGGGCCAUUCAAAAUCUGCAUGACAAACCCAGCAACAUUUCAGACCCAGACAUUUUUGCAUUUGAUAGCACAUCAAUCGAAGCAGAAUCAGCGAGCACAUCAAAUCUCGACAGAACGCUCUGUGUCGAAAUCACCAAGAGGAGAGAUCCACACCCCGUCUGGGUCGCACGCCAGUGGGGCCGCUCAGGAUUUGAACGACGCGGUUGCAAGGUACAAGGACAACACAAGGGUUCUGACCGGCGGAGUGAAUGAAGACAAGCGAUUUUCUGCGCAGAAGAAACGGUCUGGGACUCUGGCACUUCCCGGCGAGGGGCCGCGAAGGGGCCCGUCAAAAUCGCCAGCGGGUUCCCCGCGAAUCUCCGGGUCACCGAAAGGCGGCGGUGGUGGUGAAUAUCCUGAGUAAAAACGUACCCACACCAGAGUCAGGAUGGGGAUUUUGCAACACAAACCUAGGAGUUUUGGGAGUCACGCAUGACAAGUUGCACUCCGCAGUGUAGUGCAGGUUAGCAAGUGCAGCCGCAUCACAGAUUCAUCUGCUCAUCCUCUUCACAGCAUCACAAAUUCGAAUACACGAUUGGAAACGGCUUUUAUGGGGAUGUGCAUUACAAGUCUUCCUGUCUUUGCAAAUCUGCAUUACAACUCUGGUGUGGGGACGUUUUUACUCAGGAUAGUGAAAGCACAUUACUCACUCCAAGUCCAAGAUCCAUUCGUUCUCGCACUCCAAGCAAUCGUUCCGAACGCUCCCAGCAGUCGUCCAGUGAGAGGUCUUAUCAAAUGUAAAAAUGUCUGGGUCUGGAAGAAUGGAACUUCUCAUGCUGAUUUUGGAUUCUAAAAAAAUAUGUAUUUUUGCAUGAGCAGCAAAGAUAGUCCAAGUUUUGCUACACGGAAAGAGCAUUUGUCAUGCGGUAUAGGCAUCAGGAAGCCCUCACAAAAUCUGUGAUGCUACGGCAUGCAUCACAGACAUCAUGGGUCAUGGAAAAUAUGAAUGACAAGUCAAGAAAUCCUCCAGACCCAGACAUUUUUACAUUUGAUAGGUCUGGGCAACCGAGAACGAGCAAUACAAACCCAGCCGCCCAUAUGCAAGAAAAAUAAAACUGUGUAAGUGUAAAUUUGUGUUGCAGAACAUGCAACAGAGUUACACCUGUCAUGCCAGACAGCCACGAAGUCCUCUUUUCGUGUGUGUUUUCCCUUACAAGCCACGCAUGACAGGUUUUCUCUGUCAUGUAGAGCAAAUUUGUGAUGCUGUUUCUCAAAGAAAGUUACACUUACACACUUUUUUUCCUGGAUAGCCCAAGCUUUGCCCUCCGUUCUUGGAGCGAGUUCUGCGGUGCAAAGCAAUUUCUUGCAGAACAAGCAAUUAGCCGCGGAGGGAAAGCACCGCGCGACCGCGCCGGAGAUGGUCGAUGAGGAUCCGAAUGGCUAUGAGCCGAAGUUGCAGAGGAAAACCUCGUCUGUCUUCAACCUCUUCGGCGGAAGAGACAAUGCUUUGACCAAAACCUCCGCCCAGGCGAAAUUUUUUGAAUCAAUCGCCACCAGUGCAGCUGCGACCACAGAUACAACUUCUUCUGCUGCUGCGAAGAAGAAGCGCGCUUCUCUCGAUGACGAUGAUGACAGAGCGUUUCCCGAAGCGCGGGAAUUCGGCUACCACAAGUACAACGACAUGUACCGAUUGCGGCCGGGUGAGUUGUUGCAAACCGAAGUUAUCCUGAGUAAAAACGUACCCACACCAGAGUCAGGAUGGGGAUUCUGCAACACAAGCCUAGGAGUUUUGUGAGUCACGCAUGACAAGUUGCACUAUGCAGUGUAGUGCAGGUUAGCAAGUGCAGCCGCAUCGCAGAUUCAUCUGCUCAUCCUGUUCACAGCAUCACAAAUUCCAAAACACGAUUGGAAAUGGCUCUCAUGGGGAUGCGCAUUACAAGUCUUCCUGUCUUUGCAAAUCUGCAUUACAACUCUGGUACAAUCCGGGGCUCAACGGUCCCCGCCCCCCCUCAUCGUGGGUUCAACGGCCCCGCCCCAAAGGAGACCACUUACAAAUAUUUUUUUCGUAGAUUGAAAAUUUCAUCGCGACCAACCGUUCGCCAUCGGCUGAAGCUGCACAUGCAUCCGGAGUAGUUUUGAAAAAUUAACUUUAUUGCCCGCGGCUUACGGGUUUCGUCUAAAGGUUCUUCGUCAGGGUGCGCGGUUUCUAUUAUUGGCGUUUGGCUUGGUCGCACCCUAUGGCUAGUAUCUGAGAUCAGCAGACCGUUUAUUUCGGGGGACAGUAGCGCGCGAAAAAAGUUCGUCGCGGGGGCACCCCGCAUGGUUCGUUUCUGUAUGUUUUCCGCGCCAUGCAUCGAUGGCCGGGGGUUCGGUCGUGUUUCCCGCUGGGUUUUUCAAACGCGGGUUUGCAAAACCCGUUUGCAUAGGGCGUUCCCAGUAUCCGCGUUUACACAGAUCCCGAUUAGCGCGCACUAAGCGCAACUAUCUCCAUACGCAGUGGUCUCCUCCCUAUCUUUACUACCGUCAGGUGCAGCGGCUUUCUGCACAUCGCGCUUAGUCUCGACCCAUAUCGACCCCCCUUGCUAUUCGUCCCACAGCAUAGCAACGUCCGCCGCGGCUUACGGCUAUAGACGUUAACUAUAUCGUGGGGAUUUUCCAUGCGUGUGUCCGGUCCAAGUUCGAAAGGGUUCAGGGGUGACCCCCCUGUAUGCAUGCGGAUUUAUGUUUCCGACGGGUUUAGGGUUUUGCUUUGUAUGGACCAAUGCGGCGCGCACAUCGAUUUUCCUGGCAGUGUCGACCUGCUGUACACGGCGCAACCCCCGGCGGAAAUAGACCGGAAAGCGCAAAUCUGAAACUGAAACUGAAGCUCUGGCGUGGGGCCCAAUGAAAAAAAAAAAAAAAAAUCUGCAUUACAACUCUGGCGUGGGUACGUUUUUACUCAGGAUAGAAGUGCCUUCAUCCUUACUCUAUGACGAAAAAUACGGGCACAUUUCUGGCUAUGGAAGCGUCAGGUUUGAAAUCGUCAAAGUUGAAAUAAUCCGUAAUGCAUAAAAUGCAUGACCCGAGGCACGUGUGUUGCAGAGCAGGCAAGUGAGGCCGAUUGUAAGCCUGUUUAGGGUUACAGCUCGAGCUGCUAAAGUAGCAUGAGAAAAUCGCUCCUCUUUGCCUAAACAGCAUGACAAACUGGAUUUAGGGACCGCCGAGAUUUGUCAUGCGCUACUUGGAAACUGGGUUCCAACUGGCAUCCAUUUUAUGCAUGACAUAUUAUUUCAACUUUGUCGAUUUCAACUCUGGCACAUCCAUACUGGCGUGAAUUUCCACACGAAGGUGCACGAGCAGAUAGGCCGGGAUAACGAUAAGGACCACGAUUUAUCCUACGUGUUGAACCACCCGGGACUGAGAACGCGGUACAUCUUACACGUCCACGUCCCGCGAUUCCCGUUUUCCGAUGAGGAUUUGUUGAAGAUGAUAUGAAAGCCUCAGGUUGGAAAUCCUCAAAGUGGAAAUAGUUUGUAAUGCAGAAAAGCAUUCCAGUUGAAGCGCCACUUCUAGGCGGCGCAUGACAAAUUUCUCUUGCUGCACUCAAAGCAUGCCUGUCAUGCUGGUUAACGCAAAGGGGUGCCCUCCUCUGGUGCUAAAAAUCAGCACUCCAAUUCUUGACACGUAGAAGGGCAAUAGUCGGCCUUCAUUUUUGCGUCCUCUGCAAUACAGUCUUUUUUGCCGCGCCCGCGUCGCAUUUCAUGCAUCACAAAUUAUUUCCACGUUGAGGAUUUCCAUUCUGAGGCUUUCAUAGAUGAAACGGAACGCGGAUGAGCAUUUUAUGUACAAAAGGCUGAUUCAGAAAUCCGCGGAAGACUACGCGUAUCCUGUGCAAAAGUAUCGUACUCGUAUUGCAAUCAUGCAUUACAAAUCUUGUUCUUAAGGCAAAAAUGUAGCAUUACAAAUUUCAUUUCUCAUGCUGAGGAAAUUUGUAAUGCAUUUAUACGAGUGCGAUACUUUUGCACUGCAUAACGCGAAAACGGUGGACGAAGCGAAGUUGUCGGUCAGGAAGGUUUGGCGCUGCGUGAUGACGCACGCGCUACUGGAGAUCGAAUCACAAUCGUUAAUAGCGAACCGACAGGCGGUGGUUGAAAGAAAAAAUUCGAAAUCACCGAGGCCCAGCCCAAGAAAUUCGCCAGUGCCGUCAAAUGAUCCUUCACCACUCCCAACACCAGAACCGAGUCCGAGAUUCAUCGUCGGUGCGGACGGGCAAGAGCAGGAAACCGGUAUCCAAACGGUGAAGGCGAUGAGUAAAGAGGAGAAAGCGAGGAACCAACCGAAGAAACAAGACAUCAUCCGGGUGGGAGCGCCGGCGAUCGGGAGCGGGGGCAGGCAUUUUGAUAAAGACGUUGCGGCGGCGCACGCUCUUGCGGGAUUGUGGGAUGUGUACCAAAAUCAGAAGCAAAUGCAGAAGGUGUUGUCGAUCGAAGUCAGCUUUCUGGAAAAGGAUAAAUUCGUUUUUCUCGUGUGGCGCGGGAUGGCGGAGACGGCACUGAAAAGGGUGACGAAGCAGCACUACGAAAGGAGUGUCGCAGGGAGGGCCAGGUGUUGUGGGAUGUGCUGAUGAUGUUGGCGAUUAUAGCGGGAAAUAAAAGCUGCUGUUGAAGAGGCUAGCUAAGCAGCCCUCAAUUUUUUAUUUUUUUGAUGUAACCAUAGAGAAAGAAAAAAAUCGCUCGCAGUCCGUGCUUGCCAAGAAUUUUUGAGAGACGCUCUUUGAAAAAUUUGUUUUUGUUUGGUGCUGUACUACACUCAUUCCAACGCUGCACCGCUUCUGCUUUGUUAAUCAAUAUCAACGCCUCUCGCCACCUUCGAGAUGUGUUUCG